AUGUCGCUGACGAAUUGUCGAUUUUACGAGGAGAAGUAUCCCGAAGUGGAUAGCUUCGUGAUGGUCAACGUGAAGCAGAUCGCGGAUAUGGGAGCAUACGUAAAGCUCCUGGAAUACGACAACAUCGAUGGCAUGAUCCUGCUCUCCGAACUUUCCCGAAGACGUAUUCGAUCGAUCCAGAAGCUCAUCCGCGUCGGAAGGAACGAGGUUGUCGUCGUUCUCAGGGUAGACAAGGAGAAGGGGUACAUUGAUCUGUCCAAGCGUCGAGUUUCUCCCGAGGACAUCGUCAAGUGCGAUGAGCGGUACAACAAGAGCAAGGUUGUCCACUCGAUAAUGCGCCACGUCGCCGAGAAGGUCCAGACCCCCAUCGAGCAGCUCUACGAGACCAUCACAUGGCCCCUCAACAGGAAAUACGGUCACGCCAUCGACGCCUUCAAGCUCAGCAUCACCAACCCCGACGUCUGGCAGGACAUCCAGUUCCCCAACGAGGCCAUCGCCGAGGAGCUCAAGAGCUACAUCUCAAAGAGGCUGACCCCCCAGCCUACGAAGCUCCGGGCCGAUAUCGAGGUGACGUGCUUCGGCUACGAGGGCAUUGACGCCAUCAAGACCGCCCUGAGGCGCGCCGAGGCUGGCAACACCGAAGAGAACCAGAUCAAGGUCAGGCUGGUGUCCCCUCCCUUGUACGUCCUCACCAGCCAGUGCCUGGACAAGACAGUGGGCAUCGCGAGGCUGGAACAGGCCAUCAUCGACGUCCGCACGAGCAUCGAGGGCGCCGGUGGUAAGCUCACCGUCAAGAUGGAGCCCAAGGCGGUCACGGAGAGCGACGACGCCGAGCUUCAGGCCCUCAUGGAGAAGCGCGAGCGGGAGAACGCCGAAGUCAGCGGCGACGAGAGCAUGAGCGAGUCCGACGAAGGCGUCCCCGCCCCGCGCGAGGUCUAG